AUGCCCGCACUGCUUGGCGGUAUUGCGAUGGCGUCCGUCGCUGCGCUGUCCAUGCCCGCUUUCGCAAUCCUCUACGGUCUCGUAUUUGGUCAAUACACAAGCUAUGGCGAAGGAUCGAUAAGCAGCAGCCAACUCAUGAGCAACAUGGCCAGGUUCUGCGUAAUUCUUACCGCUCUCGCAACACUCAACUGGAUUGCCAAUAGUUUCUACUAUCUCUUCUUUCUCAUGUUCGGAGAGCUCCAGGCGAGGAGUGCUCGCAACAGAAUCUUCGAUGCUCUUAUCAAAAAGGAUAUGGCUUGGUUCGAUACGCGGGAGGAUGGAAUCGCCGCAUUUCUGCCGACAGUACAGAUGCACGUGCGCGACUUGCAGCUUGCAGUAUCAUCUCCUUUUGGCGAAGCUGUCCAGUCGCUCGUGCAAGGUGUCGCAUCCUUGGGGGUCGCUUUCUACUAUUCGUGGAAUCUAACAUUGGUCGUCACAUUCUCAUAUCCUUCACGCGCAGACGAGACUGCCAUUCGAGAUGCUUCGCUUCUGAUCCGGGCUGGAGAGACGACCUUUGUCGUCGGCAAAAGCGGUUCCGGAAAGAGCACACUAGGACAACUUCUCGUCCGCUUCUAUCGGCCUUCUUUAGGACAGAUCUUCCUGGAUGACGUUCCACUCGAAGAUUUGGAUGUCAAAUGGUUACGACAGAAUGUCACGCUUGUUGAGCAGCACAGCGUACUGUUCAAUGAUACUAUCCGCCACAAUCUCGCUCUUGGUCAGCUAGGUGAUGCAGUGGAUAUGCAAGAUAUCCGCAAUGCAGUCAAGUUUGCUAUGCUAGAACCUGUUAUGGAGAGCCUUCCCAAUGGACUGGAUACUGAACUCGGCAUGAAGGGCGGCUCAUUGAGUGGAGGGCAGAGACAAAGAAUGGCUCUAGCUCGAGCUAGGAUUCGGAACUCGCCGGUGCUGAUCCUGGACGAAUCAACCAGUUCUCUUGAUUACGUUACACGAGCCGAGAUGCUUGACGCUAUACGAAGCUGGCGGAAAGGGAAGACAACGAUUAUCAUUACCCAUGACAUCUCGCAGAUCCGACCCAACGACUUCCUGUACUUGCUGGACAACGCCCGGGUAGUACAACAGGGGCGUCGAAAAGAGCUCGAGUCACAAAAUGGAUCUUUCAAGUCUUUUCUUGAUACGCACACCGAGGCUGACACAGACGAUGAGUCUGAUGAUCAUGAGGACGACUCCUAUUGGGGGCCUGAAGCUGGUGACGGCAAUGUGUUACACGAGGAGUCACGGACAGCCCGGAUCAUUUCUAUGACACGUCCGCUAUCUGCUGUUCACUUUGGACAGUCAGUGCUGGAGACUUAUUCCGAGAAUACCCGCGCGUCUUGGGACUGUACUGUACCGGUCGAUGUAGGCCCAGGCCCAAGGCUAUCCAUCCAUGAACAGACGGCUGAUAGAGGCGGUAAGAUGGAGCCCAUUGAGACGAAUCAAGCAUCUCCAGAUUCUGUGGCAUCGAGACAUCUCCCGUCUAUGCCGUCUCCUGUCAAGAAAAGGAUCUUAUCGAAAGACCAUGGCUCGAGACCUGUUUCAAGGUCGAAUCUCCACAGACGCUCUCUGUCGUUUUCAAAAGAACAUAGCUCACGUUCAGACCCCAAACUAUCUACGCGACCGGUCUCGCCGAUCGGUCCGUACUCGCGACCCUUUGCGACCAACGAGUCUGUCCCAGUUCUUUCGGACGCACCGAAGAAAUCUUCGAGAAACGAUAAGCUUCUUCAGAGAAUCAAACGCUUCCGCAAAAAGAACCCUAGUGAAGACAAGGAUUUCCCGGCCGCCUCUCUUCCCAUGAAAGAGAUAGUCAUGUCUGUGUGGCCCGCUAUAGGCUGGGGUCCGCGUCUCCUCAUUUUAGCGGCAUCCUUCAGCGCAACGAUUCAUGCUGCAUGCACACCAGUAUUUGCAUGGGUUUUCGCCCAGCUUUUGACUACCUUUUACGUGUCUGGCGCUAGGAAGGAAAUGUCCCAAAAAUAUGCCCUCGUCAUUCUUGGUAUUGCCGCUCUCGAUGGUUUAUCGUGCUACCUCAUGUUCUUCCUCUCAGAUACAGUAGCGCAGGCGUGGACUCUUUCGCUGAAGAAGGAAGCCAUGCGGCGCAUCCUCAUGCAACCACGGAAGUUCUUCGACAAGGAAGAAAACAGCGUGUCGCGGCUUGCCGAGACGUUGGAUCAUUUUGCUGAAGAGGCUCGAAAUCUUCCAGGCCGGUUUGCUUGUGUCUUUCUCACUAUGAAUCUUAUGGUUUGUAUUUCUAUCUUUUGGAGCAUGGUCAUAGCAUGGGAGUUGGCCCUGGCUGCUCUCGCAACCGGUCCUGUUCUCUUCGUAAUCACGAAGUGCUACAACGUUAUCAGCAGCCGCUGGGAAAGAUUGGAGAAUGAGGCCGCUGACAAGGUUGGUCAAGUGCUCCACGACGCGUUCGUCAAUAUCAAGACUGUUCGAUGCCUAGUUUUGGAAGAUUACUUCAAGGAAAGGUAUACCAACGCAACCACCGAAGCCGUGAAUGUCGGCAUCAAGCGCGCAAUAUACUGUGCAUCCAUCCACGGACUUUCAUUCACUGGAGUCAUCUUCGUAACUAUCCUGCUAUACUGGUAUGGAGGUUAUCUCAUGUCGAAAAAUGAGUACACUGUCAAUGAAGUGUUGGAAUGCUUCUUGGUUCUCAUGCUCAGUGUCAAUCAAGUUAGCUAUAUGGCGAACUACGUCACUCAGGUCAACAUGGCAAGGGAUGCUGGGUCACGAUUACUACGUCUCGCACGACUACCAAAGGAUUCACACGAGCUCACCGGCGAAAUUCAGAUACAGUCUGCAGGUGACAUCUCGCUGAACAAAGUCACCUUCAGUUAUCCAGCCCGACCUGAGACCCGAGUACUGCAUGACGUGUCGUUUCAAAUUCCACAAGGGAGCUGCACCGCUAUCGUCGGAUCCUCGGGGGCAGGCAAAUCUACAAUUGCCUCUCUCCUCCUCAAACUUUACCAAGUAGGCAACAACCCACUCGCAUCCUCCAACCCGUCAAGCGAUAUGACCGUCUCGAAUUACGAUAUCAAGACCUUGCAUACUACCAUCCUCCGUUCCCGGAUGUCCAUAGUAUCACAAACGCCCGUCCUCUUUCCCGGCACUGUCGCAGAAAACAUCGCCUACGGCCUAUCCCGUUUACUUCCCGAAACAAGCAUCAAAAGCAUCCGCGCAGCCGCCUCUGCAGCUGGCAUAGCUGAGUUCAUCGACAGCCUGCCCCAAGGCUACAACACGCUUAUCGGCGAAGGCGGCACAUGUCUAUCCGGAGGCCAAGCCCAACGCGUCUCAAUCGCACGCGCCCUCGUUAGAAACCCCGAUGUGCUCAUCCUCGACGAAGCAACGAGCGCGCUAGACGUAACUUCCGCUCAGACCAUCCGCGACACCAUCCUCAGUCUCGUUCACGGCAUCGAAGACACUGGAUCCACUAUAUCCCCACCCACAUCACCCUGGAACCGUUCAGGUUGGUUUUGGGAUGAGAUAGAGGGGAAUUGGGAUUACAAAGUUGGAUAUCCCCUGCAGCAGCGGAUGACUGUGGGCAGUGGUAGUAAUAUGGGCAACAGACCGAAGAAACGGAUGACAGUCAUCAUCAUUACGCAUGCGCGGGAGAUGAUGGCUAUUGCUGAGCACAUUGUUGUGUUGGAUCAAGGAAGGGUGGUUGAACAGGGUAGCUUCAACGAACUGAAGAGGAAAAGGCAAAGUGCUUUUGGAAGGUUGCUAAGGGGUGUGAGGGAGUAA